AUGCUCUUCAUAUGUGCUCAUUUUGCAGAUAUAAUGGAAGGAGACCUGUCCCUGGAGAAUAAAGAGAACAUUCCAAGCCCAGUGUCAGUCCAAGGACAGAGUGCUACAAAGGGAUUUCAAGCCAUCAGUGAAAAAAAUACCAAAUCUCUACUAUUGAAUCAUGCAAGUCAACCCCAUUCCUGUGAGCAGGGACAGGAGGAAGAACAGGAAAGAAAGGAAUUCUCUGUUGAAAAUUUUGUAAAGAAGCAGGACCAUGAAACAGAUAUUAUUGCAGGGAGUAUUCAUCCAUCAUCCAUAUCAUGUAUUCCUCAGAAGCAAGGAAAAAAUGAUAGCAAUCAUUCUGCUCAAGUUGUGGAGAAGAGUGUCAAUAUUAAUAAGCAAGAUGAAGUGAAGGAGCAAGAUCUGAGUAAAAAAAUUGCCCCUGGCAAGAGCAUUAAUGCAAAGCGCAGAGCAAUUGAAGUUCCCUCCCGACUUGGAAUAUCUUAUGGUCUUUCCACAAGGAAAAGUCAGAAUCAUAAACCAGUGUUCAAGAAACCCUCUCUUCCUCCAAGUGCUAAUACCAAGGCAAGGAAGGAAUCAAUGCCUCCAAGUUCUAACAAAAGUCGAUUUUCCUUUGCAAGGCCUACUAUUGCAUCUAUGGCCAAAUCUACAAGCCAGGAAUCUCUCUCAGAGUCUGUCCAUGAUCCAGUUGCACCAUUGCCAAAGAAGCAAGAAUUCCUUAUUCAUUCUGCCUCUGUGAAAGCAACUGGGCAGAUUUCCAAAUCCAAACCCUUUGGACAUGGCCCUGCUGCCCCCAAGACAUCAGCUCACAGGGGAAUCAGAGCAGGACCUUGUAAUCAGGUAGAGGUGUCCACAGCAGGUCCCAAACAAGCUAAAGAUAAUACUGGAAGGACUACUAUGAAGAAAGAGGCAGAAACAUCAGAAAAAGUUGCUCAGAAGAGGAAGAGCCAGUUUGCCCAAUCUACUGUCUCCAGUCGUGUCAUUCCCUCAAAGCAAAUGCCUCAAAGGCAUUAUCGACUCCACUGUGGGAUACUUAAUUCCUUACACAAGGAGAAAAUGCCAACUACCAAAACUGAAGGCUCAAUGAAACCACCAUCCAUGAUUCGGAAGAGAAUAUCUGAAAAAUUCUUGAAGUCACAACGUGACUCUUUUGGGCGUUCCAAAAAUCCUGUUGAAUCAGCAGUGCAAAGUGCAUCUGGAAAAGCAGUGAAGUUUAUGGUAGCAUACAAGUCAAAGCAAGACAUGAAGUCCCAGGUGAAAGCCCCCUGCAGUAGAUCCCUGAAUGAAAACCUCCAUCAGUGGCUACGCAAGAAUGCAAUGACUCCAGCAAGAAUUAGGCAUCUUCGUUGCUUUGGGAUUGAGUCAGUUGGUGCCACGAAAUCCUUUGAGCAAAAACAGGAUGAAAACCUUGCUAGGCCUCUAAAGAAAAGUGAAGAGUCAACCACAGUAGGACAAGAUGAUAAUGCAAAGGAAACUAGCACUUCCAGUUUUACUGAGGCAGACACAUCUCAAUUGAAUACAACUUUCACUAAAGAAGAUGAGCAAACCAAGGAAGAUCACAGUGAAAAGGCUUGUGAGGAAAAGCAGCUGGUGGAAGAUGCCAAUCCUUCCUUGGAACAGCCCAAAGGAAACAACUCCAACCUUAUUCUCAGAGAUCUAUAUUUCCUUAUGGAAAUGGGAUAUCCUAUUAAAGAGGUCAAGCAAUGGAUGGAGUCUGUUAGAGAUCAUUAUGAUGUGACCAAUGAUCCUGUUUACCACAUUCUCCACAGUGGGAUAGCUCGUCAGCAGCAAGAUGCCAUUACUGCUUGGAGUGCUCUUGAAAGAGCACUGGAAUGCAAUGCCCUGAACUCAAAAGAUUUCUGCCUUUGGUCUGCUGAAGUUGGAGCUUUUGUCAAGGCUUUCACUCCUGCACUCUCUAGGAAAAAGAAGGGAGACUCUCAGUCCUCUAAGGGGACACCCCGUAAAUCCACCUUGAGUUCGCCAGAAUCAGAGGUGUUCCUAACUCCUCAGACCUCAUACAAGUCCAAAGAGUUGAAAACUGGCUCUGUAAGGAAGAGUGUACUGGUGCGGUCCAAUGCAAAAACUCGCAAGCUUCUUCAACAGCAGCUUGGAGGUCUUCAUGUCCCAGAGUCAGCCAUGAUCCUCACUGAUGUGCGUCGUUCAGCUCGCAUUGUUCCUGAAGGGAAGUUAAAUGGAGAUAAGGGAGCCACAAGUCAUACGACCAAGAUGUCAGUUCAUCCCUUCUAUGUUAAGAAUAAGCAUUUUGCAUCUAGCUCCUCUUCAGCUGACUCUCCUGCCCCCACUGAACAAGGGAGCAACUAAUGGGCAUUCAUGUUGUGAACUCUAUGUACAAAUUCGGUACAUUAUCUUCAUGCACGGUGGUA